UGUCUUGUCGCUGCACACACCCAUCCUGAUAUCUUUCUUUCUUUUUCUUCUUAAUUAGGUUUCAUUAUUUGUAUGACUAAGUUGAAUUUAUAAAUAACUUAUUUUCGUUAAUAAAACUUGGGGUGGGGGGUGAAAUAUAUUUCAAAAUUAAUAAUUUUUGGAACUCUUGGUUAUUAUCCCAUUUCAUAAAAUGUAAUAUUUUAUAACCAAAUUAACAAAUAAGUCGGAUUAUGCUUCAUCAAAUUGUUUUAUAGCAGCAGUAACAUUAUCAACAUAUAGGGGUUUAUGAAAUAACAUCUUUAAAGUAAAGUAGUUUUCAAAAUUUGCUUUUCAUUUUGGAGCAGAUUCGUUAUUCUUAUUCCUAGCUUGACUCUCAAGGUACAAAGGCAUGAAUAGGCUAAACUUAUUGAAAGCAUCAACAUCACCUGAGAUUUAUAGGUGUCUCUUUAUCCCUUCUACUACAACGUUUUUACUAUUCGAACUCUUGAUUAUUAUCAUCAAAACCACCUAAAUAAAUAUCAAAACCUUGUUAUCAUCUGGCCAAUAAUCUGAUGGCAAAUCAAGCUCACCCUCCAGAGCCUAAUUGAAGAUUUCUUCUUCCGUUUCUGCUUAAACUAGAAACACACAUUGAGAACACCUUCCAAAAACAUAUAUUACUUGUGAUCAAAGUUACAAUCUUACCUCCCCCAAAACGGAGCUAAACCAGAUUGUAGCAUGUAAAUCAUCACACUUGCGCUCCAAAUAUCUGCUUCUAGACUGUAAUCCUUGUUCAGAACUUCAGGUGCAAUGUAGUAUGGACUUCCAACCACAUCAGUAAAGUUCUCACCUUUAAGACAACAAUCUACAUUAAAGAAAACAGAGCAGAACAGAGAAAAACAGAGCAAAACAAAUAUGUUUGUGUAAGAAACAUACUAGGCUUGACGAACAUAGAUCAUUUACGAAUAAAAAGUUUUCAGGUUUAAGAUCUCUAUGAAUCACACCUAGAGAGUGGCAAGUCUGGACAACCAAGUAUGGCCUUAGCCAAAUAAGCAGCUUUUCUCUCAGAGUAAUAUUCUCUCUCCACUAUCCUAGCGAAAAGCUCACCUCCUCUGCACAGAUCCAUUACCAUGUGAUCAGCUACCGAGUCCUCAUAAGCUCCUUUGAUGGAGAUCACGUUUGGUUGACCCAAGAGAUGUUUCAUUAUCUCAAUCUAUCUUCUCACAUCUUCCGGUCUUCUUCAGUCUCUAGCUUCCUCUUCGGGAUUGACUUACACGCAUACUCGAUCCGUGUUCCUCUCUCUAUACACAUAAACGUCAAUCCCAAACUUUCAUGACAUGCAAGAAAGAAAAUUUCAUUUUUAAACAAUAAUGAAUAAGAUAAAUAUCAAAUAUUUUUAUGGAUUAUACAUGUAAUUAUCAUAAUCUUUUCAUAUCUUUUUAUUAUAAAAUUAUAUAAAUAUUAUAAAAUUAUUUUUAAAAAUUAUUAGGACUACUGAUUAAUAAUAAAAAAAUCAUGGAUAAGCUGACAAGUAAGCAAAUCCACUUUUCAAAUAAUAAUAUAGAUUAAAAAUUUCUAGACAUUCACUAAGAGUAGUAUUGUAAAAUCAGGUUUAAUUAAUUAAUUCGAAACAUUUAACUAAAUGAUAAUAUCUUAAGCAUAUCUUUUUAAUUUAAGUAUAAACAUAUUUUCUUUGUUUACUGUGCAAAAUCUAAUAAAAGUCUUUUUACUCUAUAUUUUAUACAUGUAAUAAAAUUAAUUCAUAAAGAAUAAAAUCAUAUACAAACAAACACAAUAAAUAUAUACCAUGAUUUAGAAGUGUGGAUCUGAACCUAGUCUAUCUUUUUCUAAAACAUCCUUCUAGUUUUUUUUUUUUUUGACAUCCUUCUAGUCUAUCUUAUUAAAACAUAAACAGCAUAUGAAAUUAAUUUUUAUUUGAGAUUUUAUUUACAAUUUGUGCCAUUAAAUAUUUAUAAUUUUAGAUAUUCAUUAAUGAUAAAAAUAUAUAUCAAAUCAACUUCUAUUUAAUUGAUUAAAGUCUUUUUAUUAACUAAUAAUAUAUUUCUAUAUGUUUCUCUUUUUUUGUCAACAUAUGUUUCUCAUUUAUUCAUCAACAACUGAUUGUUUUGUAAAAUCUCAGGAAUAUAAAGAUGUAUGUGUAUAUAUAUAGUACUAUCAUUUUGUGAAAACCAUAGUGAGGAAAACAGAAUGGAUUCAAUUAAAAAUUUAAAGGAGAUAGCCGCAUAUGAGAAUCUUCCAUGGGAGCUGACUGAAGAGAUACUCUCUCGUGUCUCUCCAAACUCUCUUGUGGGCUUCAGAGUUGUUUGCAAACGAUGGAAAGCUACUUUGGACGACAAGACUUUCAUAUACAAGCACAAGGAGACGUUUCGAUUCAUCCUAACAACAAAAUCAAAGAUUUAUUCUGUAAGCGUGGAUCCCAAGAUAGUCGUGCGUGAAUUAACAUUGGAUAUUCCCGGUUUAGAAUCUCAAAACCCUAAAAAGGUGGUUAACUACGACGAGUUCUUGAUAUGUAGCAUGGAUAAAGGAGCAGCAGUUUGUAACCCGUGGUUAAAACAAAGUACAUGGAUUAGCGAACCUAGCUUUACCUUCUAUGGCAUAGGUCGCCUUGAUAGCAAUGGUGGAAGUGAGGAAAGUGUUUACAAAACUAUUUGGGGUUCAGAUACCGGGUGGAAAAUCCAUGACCUUGCCUCAGGUACGUGGAAAGACAUCGAGUCGACAUCCAGUGAUACUAGCGAGGGAGAAAACCAGCCUACAGAGCUACAUUCUCCAAAUGGCGUCUUAUUGAAUGGAACUUUGUUUUGGAUUAUUUUUGCUGAUCCCGUGUACAUCCUAUGUACCUUUCAAUUUUCGAGCGAAGAAUUCUAUGGAUAUUGUAAGCUACCGUGUGGAAUCCAUCCUAGCGAUGUUCUUGUUAUUAACGUCUUUAAAGGAGAUCGGUUUUCGGUGCUAAAGCAGUGUCACAUAACAAAGAAGAUUGAGAUUUGGGUGACCAAGAACAAGGUUAACGUUGAGGAUGGUAAAGAUGUGGUUUGGAUGAAUUUCAUGACUUUUUCAAUACCUAACUUUCCCGGUUUGGUACAGACCUCCUACUGGCAGAAGCCGAGUUACUUCAUCGACAGCAAUGAAAGGCUUGUAGUGUGUUCUUGCGAUGAAACUGGCAAGGCUUGGAUCUAUGUUAUGGGGGAAAACAAGUUGAUCAGCAAAGUCCACUUAGAUUUUGUGGCUGAUCCUUGGCCUUUGCAUUGCACUUAUUUUCCCAGCUUGGUCCCAGUUCCUCGAGGCCUAAGAGAUGUAGCAGAAUCAGAAGUUUAAUUUUAUCAAGUGUUUUUUGUUUGUGUGUGUUU